AGCAGCGGAGCGAAGAUGGGGGGCAGGACUGGGGGGACCGGAGGAGGAGGAGGAGGGGGCGCGGUGGCGGCGCCUGCUCCCGAAAAGCUUCCAGUCCACGUAGAAGAUGCCCUCUCUUACCUGGAUCAAGUGAAGAUCCGUUUUGGUAGUGAUCCUGCCACCUAUAACGGUUUCUUGGAAAUCAUGAAGGAGUUUAAGAGCCAGAGCAUUGACACUCCAGGUGUCAUUCGACGUGUCUCUCAGCUGUUCCACGAACACCCUGACCUCAUCAUUGGCUUCAACGCUUUCUUGCCCCUGGGUUACCGAAUAGAGAUUCCAAAGAAUGGGAAGCUGAAUGUUCAGUCACCUCUCACUGGACAGAUAUCCCUGGAGCCGGUUCAGAACCCUCUCUCUGGCAGCAGCCUAAUGCUGCACUACUGCCAGGAGAACACCCACAACCAUGGAGACUGUCCAGAGGAUUUCCGCCAGCAGCAACAGCCAUGCAAAGAUGAUAAGGUUCAGAUGCCCCUGGAAUCCGAUUCAGUGGAGUUCAACAAUGCCAUAAGCUAUGUGAAUAAAAUCAAGACCCGAUUUCUUGAUCACCCUGAAAUCUAUCGUUCCUUCUUGGAGAUACUUCACACAUAUCAGAAGGAGCAGCUAAGCACAAAAGGCCGCCCUUUUCGAGGCAUGUCGGAAGAAGAGGUCUUCACUGAAGUGGCAAAUCUUUUCAGAGGCCAGGAAGAUCUUCUAUCCGAGUUUGGACAGUUCCUUCCGGAGGCAAAGAGGUCUUUGUUCACAGGGAAUGGGCCGUGCGAUGCCAACAGUAUCCCCAAAAUGGAUCAUGAGAAACAUCUAGAAAACAGUAAGAAACGGUCCAGGUCUCUGUUGCUUCGUCCUGGGCCCAGCCCAGCCAAGAAAAAGAUGAAGCUGCGUGGGACCAAGGACCUCUCCGUUGCCACUGUGGGCAAAUAUGGAACCCUGCAGGAGUUUUCUUUCUUUGACAAGGUACGUCGAGUCCUCAAGAGCCAAGAAGUCUAUGAGAACUUCCUCCGCUGUAUUGCUCUCUUCAACCAAGAGCUGGUCUCUGGCUCCGAAUUGCUUCAGCUGAUCACACCCUUUUUGGGGAAAUUCCCUGAACUCUUUGCUCAGUUCAAGUCAUUCCUGGGCGUGAAGGAGCUCUCUUUUGCCUCCCCAAUGAGCGAUCGCUCUGGGGAUGGGAUGUGCCGGGAAAUUGACUAUGCUUCCUGCAAGCGUAUCGGCUCCAGCUACAGGGCCCUCCCCAAGACUUACCAGCAACCCAAGUGCAGCGGCAGGACAGCUAUUUGCAAAGAGGUGCUGAAUGAUACCUGGGUUUCCUUCCCGUCUUGGUCUGAGGACUCCACCUUUGUCAGCUCGAAGAAAACUCCUUAUGAGGAGCAGCUACAUCGGUGUGAAGAUGAGCGCUUCGAGCUGGAUGUUGUCUUAGAGACCAACCUGGCAACCAUCCGUGUCUUAGAAAGCGUACAGAAAAAACUGACCCGUAUGUCGCAGGAGGACCAAGAGAAGUUCCGGUUGGAUGACUGUCUCGGUGGCACCUCAGAAGUGAUCCAGCGCCGGGCCAUCUACCGUAUCUAUGGUGACAAAGCACCUGAGAUCAUCGAGAGCCUCAAGAAGAACCCUAUCACCGCUCUUCCUGUUAUUCUGAAGAGGCUGAAGGCCAAGGAAGAAGAGUGGCGAGAAGCUCAGCAGGGCUUCAACAAGAUCUGGCGGGAGCAGUAUGAGAAGGCCUACCUAAAGUCUCUCGACCAUCAGGCUGCCAACUUCAAGCAGAAUGACACGAAAGCCUUGCGCUCCAAGAGCCUGCUGAAUGAGAUUGAGAGCGUCUAUGAUGAGCACCAGGAGCAACACUCUGAGGGAAGGGGAGCCACUAACGAGCCACAUCUCAUCUUCAUCUACGAAGACAAGCAGAUCCUGGAUGAUGCGGCUGCCUUAAUCAGCUACUAUGUGAAACGGCAACCCACUAUCCAAAAGGAGGACCAGGCUACUAUUCGACAGAUUGUCCAGCACUUCAUCCCGGACCUGUUCUUCUCCCAGAUACCCGAGCACCCGGUUCCUGAAGAGUUACCCAGCGAGGAGAAGGGGAGCCCCAAGACUCACCCAGUGGAGACACGUGAUCUGCGGAAAAGGCAUCCGCCUGGCUCACAAGUGACCCCUAUGGAGGAUAAGGGAUCCACCCUGGUGGAAGCCCAUGAGCUGAGAAAGAGGAAUCCCCCUGGCCGUCCUGCGAGCCCUGUGGAGGAGAAACCGUCUGUCUUGGAGGGCCACGAACUGCGAAAAAGAAACCCUCCAGUCCCUCCGGCCAGCCCUGCAAAGGACAAAGAGAGUCUGGAAAGCAUCGUGCCUUCCGCUCGGUCCCACCGUACCCUGGACAAUGUCUACACUCUCUUCUUUGCCAAUAACAACUGGUACUUCUUCCUUCGCCUUCAUCAGACUCUUUGCUCACGGCUCCUCAAGAUUUACCAUCAGGCGCAGAAGCAGCUGCUGGAAUAUCGGACAGAAAAAGAGAGAGAGAAGCUAUUGUGCGAAGGCCGGAAGGAGCGGGCCAAUGAUCCCGCCAUGGAGCUGAGGCUGAAGCAACCGAGUGAAGUGGAGCUGGAGGAAUAUUACCCAGCCUUCCUAGACUUGGUGAGGAAUUUGCUGGAUGGCAAUAUUGACCCCACUCAAUAUGAGGACACCUUGAGAGAGAUGUUCACCAUUCAUGCCUACAUCGGUUUUACCAUGGACAAGCUUGUACAGAACAUUGUCCGACAGCUGCAUCACUUGGUGAGUGAUGAUGUCUGUCUGAAAGUUGUGGAGCUGUACCUGAGCGAGCGAAAGCACGGUGCAGCCGGUGGCAACCUGUCUUCGCAAUGUGUGCGAGCCGCAAAGGAGACCAGCUACCAGUGGAAGGCGGAACGUUGCAUGGCCGAUGAGAACUGCUUCAAGGUGAUGUUCCUUCAAAGGAAGGACCAAGUGAUCAUGACCAUUGAACUUUUGGACACAGAAGAGACUCAGACUGAAGACCCCAUGGAAGUCCAGCAUUUGACUAAUUACGUGGAGCAGUAUGUGGGAGUGGAGGGGACACCGAGCAGUCAGAACGAAGGCUUCCUCUUAAAGCCGGUCUUUCUGCAGAGGAAUCUGGACAAAUUCCAGCGAUGGCAGUGCCAGCAGAUCCAGGCCAUGCGCGACAAAGCAAAAAGUUCCUGGAAGCAGCUGAUCGGCGUGGAGAGUGCCUGCAACGUGGAUUGCAAGUUCAAGUUGAACACCCACAAGAUGCUCUUCAUCAUGAACGCUGAGGAUUACAUGUACCGCCGAGGAGCGCUGUCUCGAGCCAAACAGGCAGCACCUCGAGUGUUGCUGCGGCAUCACCAGCGUUUUGAAGAGUGGCACCGGCGCUGGCUUGCAAGGCAUGUCAACCGAGAAGCAGCCGAGAUGGUCCAGGACUGGCUGAUGGGUGAUGAGGAUGAGGACCUGCUGCCCUGCAAAACUACUUGUGAGACUGUCAGCAUACACGGGGUGCCUGUCAACCGCUAUCACGUGCAGUACAGCCGCCAGCCCUCCUCGCCCUGACUUCCAGACUGUCCGCCCUCCCAUUUGCCCCCCCACCCCCCCUACCCCACCCAAAUUCCAGUGGCCCUCAUGGACUUUUGGGAAGACGACAUAUGUAUCACUGGUAUUUAUCCAACCAGCUUUUAUCAUUUGGGGUCCCAUUGGGGGCUGCAAUGAUUUCCUUCCCCCUCCCCCUCCCUACCCCAUGCAGCAUGGGUGUGCUUGUCCGAGAAAGAAUGGGCCCGCAGCAGAAUGGAGGCAGCUUGCGUUGCUCUCAUUUAAAGUGGGGGCUUUCAACUUAGGUCAGGAGAGAGAGCGAUUGAACUGUAGGAGGGAAGAGACCGGGGAGGGAGAGGAGGCUAGAAGAGACAGGCCAAUUGCUCUUUGAGAAGUUCCAAAAAGUGUUGCCCCCAAAAUUGGGGAUGAGGUCUCCAAGAAUCUACAAGAGGGGACCUAUUUGUAUCAUGGAGCAGGAAACAAAUUACCAACUGUGGAGACUUUGACUUUCUCUCUCACUUUCCCCCUAUGUUCUAAUUCCGGUUCCACCACAAAACCGCGUUUGACUAAACCGCGCUCGA